UGUUCGUAAUUCUUUCGCAGGAAGAUGAAUUUCACUAUAGACUGGCAAAUGAGCUUCAAAACAGCCUGCAAGAACAAUCUAAUUAUAUCAAUGCAUCAAAAAGGCCAGCAAACAUCUUCAUUUCGCCAAAAUCUUUCAGUUUCCGCCGAUUGGACCAUCACGCAACUGAUUGAACCGGUAUUGACAGUGGCACCAAAGAGCGCCAAAUGGGUGAUUUUUCUAGAAGAUCGCACCAAAGUCACGUUGGAACUUUUGGUGAAGGGGCUCGCAAAAUACAAUCCCAACCAGGAAAUUUGGAUCGGCCAUCAGUUGCAAGACGCUGAACCAUCCAUCAUUCAUCACUUUUUUUUUGACGAGAAUCCAGACAUUUUUAGGUACCCCAAUAUGGGUUCAGGCUUUGCCAUUAGUGUCCCAUUGCUGGAAAGAUUGAAAACACGCUUGGAUCAACUGAAACCUUUAGAUUUUCACAUCGAUGCGGCUCACGAAUUUAGUUUAUUCGUUCGCAAUCAAGGAAGUGGGCCCUUGAUUCAACACGAUGAACUUUUCUGCAGUAAAACCCAACCGAAUUGUGCCACAUAUCCUGCAAAGUUUCAUCCUUGUGGGGUAGCUGAUGUGGAUUCUGUGUUUUUCGCCGUCAAAACGUGUGAAAAAUUCCAUACCAAUCGAGUGAAAGCCGUUCAAAAAACCUGGUACGGGUUYGCCAAUGAGAAAGCGUUCUUUAGCGACCUGGAAGACCCCAGCAUACCAACAGUUUCGCUGAAAGUCCCCAACACCAACCAGGGACAUUGCCAGAAAACUUUGGCCAUUCUUCAAUAUUCUGUGAAGGAAUUUGAAAAAAAACCCAAACUGCAAUGGCUUGUUCUGGUAGACGACGAUACCAUCUUGAGCGUUGCAAGGAUAACCAAGUUGAAGACAUGUUUCGAAAAGGGAGGUUUGCCCAUGAUUUUGGGAGAACGGUACCGAUUUGGGCCUCAAGGCUUUGACUAUCCGACUGGUGGGGCUGGCACUUUGAUCAACAGGAGAGCAUUAAAAAUUCUGGCGAAGAAAUGCAGCUGUCCCCGACCGGACGCCCCUGAUGACAUGGUAUUGGGCAAGUGCAUCCAGGAUUUCCAGAUAGUUUUCGUCCAUGUACCACAAAUGCAUCAGGCACGACCGCAGGAUUAUGCGCCGGAUCGUCUAGCCACUGAUGAUGCCGUCACUUUCCACAAACACUGGAUGAUCGAUCCAGUUCAAGUGUACCAAAGGUGGUUUUUAGCGGAGGAUCAGCAGCUUCAGGGAUCGAUCAUGGAAGAAACCCAAGCAGACGUUGUAACUGAAAACAUCUCCGAAGCUGCCGAUUCACUCUUUAGCAUGUUCGACAUCGUGCUGCUGGCGAUCAUAAUUGGGGCCGCAAGCUGGUGGUUGGUCAAGAGGAACAACAGAUCAAUCGACUCGCUCUCCAACAUCAAAUCCUACUCCAUUCAGCCUACAUCUAUUGUGAUUCAGAGCCCCACCGAUAACUCGUUCGUUAAGAAGUUGCAAUCUUCCGGAAGGAGUUUGGUGGUGUUCUACGGUAGUCAGACAGGCACAGGGGAGGAGUUUGCUGGACGCUUGGCCAAAGAGGGCGUCAGAUAUAGGCUGAAAGGAAUGGUAGCUGACCCGGAGGAAUGCGAUAUGGAGGAACUGGUCAAUCUUAAAAACAUCCCCAACUCAUUGGCAGUCUUCUGUAUGGCAACUUACGGAGAAGGUGACCCCACAGACAAUGCCAUGGAAUUCUACGAGUGGCUCCAGAAUGGAGAUGCUGAUUUAACAGGACUCAACUAUGCUAUUUUCGGCUUGGGCAACAAGACCUACGAACAUUACAAUGAAGUGGCGAUUUACCUGGACAAGAGGCUGGAAGAAUUGGGCGCAACGCGCGUUUAUGAGCUGGGAUUGGGAGACGACGAUGCCAACAUUGAGGAUGAUUUUAUCACAUGGAAAGACAAAUUCUGGCCAGUCGUUUGCGACUUUUUCGGCAUUGAAUCAACUGGCGAAGACAUCAGCAUGCGCCAGUACCGAGUUGAAGAAUACGAAGAUGCUCCUGACAGGGUUUUCUCUGGUGAAAUGGCCCGAUUGCACUCGUUGAAGAACCAAAGACCACCGUACGACGCAAAGAACCCCUACUUGUCCAAGAUCCUGAUCAAUCGCGAACUGUUCAAAGGAGGCGAGAGACAUUGCAUGCAUCUGGAAUUUGAUAUUGAAGACUCGAAGAUGCGCUACGAAUCCGGAGAUCAUUUGGCCGUUUACCCGAUUAACAACACUGAACUAGUUGAGAAGAUUGGAAAGCUGUGCGAAAAAAGUCUGGACACGAUAUUCUCGCUGAUCAACACCGACGAAGAAUCCAGCAAGAAACACCCGUUCCCGUGUCCAUGCAGUUACAGGACCGCGUUGACUCACUAUUUGGACAUCACGCAAAAUCCCCGCACUCACGUUUUGAAAGAGCUGGCGGAAUACUGCUCAGACCCCGCUGAAAAGGAGAAAUUGAAGCUGAUGGCCAGUACAAGCCCUGAAGGAAAAGCGCUAUACCAGAAGUGGAUCAACGAAGACAAUCGCAACAUUGUUCACAUCCUAGAAGACUUACCCUCGUGUAAACCCGCCCUGGACCAUCUCUGCGAGUUGCUGCCAAGACUUCAGCCUCGCUAUUACUCCAUCUCUUCCUCCCCCAAAGAGCAUCCGAACACUGUUCAUGUCACAGCGGUUCUUGUAGAGUAUCAAACGCCCACAGGACGCGUAAAUAAAGGCGUCGCCACCACAUGGCUAAGAGAAAAAAUCCCAUCCCCUGAUAGUGCCACGCCGUUGACGGUCCCCAUUUUCAUCAGGAAGUCACAGUUUAGGCUUCCAACUAAACCGCAAGUUCCAAUUAUUAUGGUAGGACCCGGUACAGGAGUGGCGCCUUUCAGAGGAUUCAUUCAGGAGAGGAACUUCACGAAAGUGGAAGGCAAACAGGUGGGCCAAACCGUGCUUUACUUCGGGUGCAGAAAGAAGGAUGAAGACUUCCUUUACCAAGAGGAGUUCUUGAAAUAUCAGGAAAAUGGACUACUGACACUGAACGUUGCCUUCUCGAGGGAACAGGCACAGAAGGUCUACGUAACGCAUCUGGUGGAAAAGGAUGCAGAUACGAUUUGGAACAUCUUUGAGAAUGGCGGUCACUUGUACAUUUGCGGGGAUGCAAAAUCAAUGGCCGUGGACGUACGUAACAUAAUACUGAAAAUCAUUCAAGAAAAGGGCAGUCUUACCGAAGAACAAGCGCAAGUCUACUAUAAGAAAAUGGAAACGCAAAAACGCAUCUCGAUGGAUGUCUGGAGUUAAAGCAGAAGCCUCAAGAUACGUUUUUUAGACGGUUUGAUAAUUAGGAGUCGCGGGAAAUUUCGCGACUCGGGCAGCUGUGAGUGAGUGGUAUUUCCGUGAUAAUGGAAAUGUUCUCAAGUGAACUGCACACUAGUCUGCGCUCGCAGAACCGCAGUUUUUAUUUAUUAAAUAGUGUUAGGAAUUUUUAUAAGUAAAAACAUUGACACUUGUUUGCCGUUAUUUGGUCUAGAAUUCGAUUUGCCAUUUUGCUCCCAACAAAGGACAAAAAGCUUCAGAUAAUUAGGAAAAUUGGCUGUACAUAAAUUAGCUUAAGAAAUUGAUAACUGACAAACAGUGCCUAGUUGAUACUUGAACAAUUGGCUCUCAUUAUGGUGCUAAUUUUCGGGGCGUAUAUUUUUGUUAUUCGGAAGCUUGAUUUGCCAAUUAUCGCAAAGGUUACUGGCAUUUAGUAUUGAGAUAAUAUUUUACAAUGAGUGCCUUGUAAAGACACCCUCUAAUCUCUCAGAUAUGUGAGAAAGAUUAUUACUCUUUUUCGAGUUAAAGGACGUUCCAGUUGGAGUUUGGUAUUGAAAAACGCUUCCAGAUACUUCAGUCAUUCGAACGCUCCACAGAUAUAUUUGUUCUAUUUUCGUAGUCAAUUUUUCAACCCGUGAUGUGUAUGUAUUUAUUUUAUUUUUGUUAAGUAUAUGUAUUGUUUUAGAAUAUAUUGUAUCACGUCUUUUUCCAAUAAAUUGUAACAAAUAAA